AUGGCUUUUUCUCGACAUUCACUUCGACGUGUUAUUGGUGAUAUGGUUCAUCGACAUAAUGGUAAAAAUGAUACAAUAAAUUCUUCUUCUGUUGACCGUCAACAAAACAAUAAUAGAUUAAGGGAAAAAAAUGAUCGAAAUUCUAUUAUUAGUAAUGGGUCCCUAACGUCAUCCUCAACAUGUUAUGAACGAUUACAUAAAAGUGAAAAAGAAGUAGGUAAAUCAUUAAAUUAUCUCGAUCAAGUUUUAACACAUAAUAAACUUGAAAUUCUUCCAAAUAUUAUUACAUCAUUAAUUGAAAAUAUAUUCGAUAUUGAUAGUGUUUUAAAAGGAAUGUUUGAACAUGAACCAGAAACAUUUAGAACACGUCUUCUAAGUGAUGUUUAUUCUCUCUUAGCUGAUUUAAUUGAUUGGUCUGAUAAAUUACUUUUAUUAAAAUAUAAUAAUAGUAAUAAUACAAAAAUUCAUAUAAAUGACAAUGAUGAAUAUAAAAAAAUUGCUGUCGAUCUUAUUCAAGCAACUAAAAAUUGUAUUUCAUAUGCAUGUGAUACAUCUUCAAUGAAAAGUGCUGAAACACAUUCUGAUUCAAUUCAAAGUUUUCAAUCGACUAAUGAUUCUACGGAUGAUUUAGCUCCAGCUUUACCACCAAAACGAGAUAAACGUCCAGUAAAUUCAUUAGCUACAAUCCUAUAUAAUCGAUCUCGAAAUAAUGGAAGCACAAGUUCUCUUUUAUCAUCGUCAACAUCAAAUAAAACCAAACAAGAUAAAGAUAAUGAUGAACGUAUACAAUUAAUUGUUGAUGAUAUUAAUCAAAUUGUUGAAAAAUAUACACGUGAAUUAGAUGAUGCAUUACGUACAAAAACAACGAGUCGUUCUUCAUCUAUUGAUCAUUUAUCAGAACAAAAUCGCUCAUCAAUAUCAACAUCACCUUAUCAUCAUCACAGUAUUGAUACAUUAUAUGAAACAAAUGUAUCAAAAAUAAUGAAAAGUACAAUAACUAAAACAACAAUUAAUAAUGGACAAGGAAUGAUUGAUAAAAAAGAAUCAUGUGAAAUUUAUAAUGAAACAGAUUGUUCCGUUCUUUCACCAAAAGGAAAUUUUAAAACACAAAAAUUUACAUUAGUUAAUCGACAAAAAUCAAAUGAUGAUGAUGAACAACAAAAAACAAUAAUGACUAGAAUAGAUCAAUUUAAUGAAUGUGACAAUGAUAAAACAACAAAUGAUCCACCACCAUUACCACCAAAACGAAAAACAGCUCGAGCAUAUAUGUCCUUAUUCGAUCGAUAUGAUCAAAAUGAAGCUGAAUUAUUUCUUCGUGAUACAUGUCUUAUUCCUACACCACAACGUCGUUUUGAAGAUUUAUUUGAACAAAUUCAUCAACGUUUUCAACAUAUGCAAAUACUUUCAAAUAGUGAUGAUUCAUUAAGAAUGAAAGGAACAACAAAUAAAAAUGUUAAUAAAUUAAAUGGAACCUCAAAAGAUAAUGAAGAAAUUAAUGCAUUUAGUUUUUAUGAUAAUACAUUGAAGAUCAAUUAUCAUGGCGAACUUUUUCUUGAAAAUAUAUCUCAUUUACUUGUUUUCAAUCUGAACGAAGAUCCUUCAUUACGUGGUGGUUCCAUAGAUGCAUUAAUUAUUCGAGCAACAUCACCUGAUAAAAAAGAUUUUGUUUAUCAAGAAGCAUUUUUAACAACAUAUCGUACAUUUGUAUCUCCGAGUGAUUUAGUUGAUAAACUUAUUCAACGUUAUAUAUUUUUUUCACAAUUUGAACCAAAGAAAAGAAUCGCUCGAUACGCAUUUUCAUUACUUAUUCGCGUUAUCGAUGAAAUCGAUAAUGAAUUAACUGAAAAUUUAAUGAAAUCUAUUUCAUGUUUUGUUACAAAUCUCAUACGUCAUGGUGAACUUCAAUUAGGAAAACUAUUACGAAGAAAAUCACUUGAACGUUUUAAUAAAUUUCAAAUAAAUAAUGAAAAUUCACAACAAGAUAUUGUUCUUAUACAAAGUUCUAUAUCAUCGAAACGAGCAACAUUACUUGAUUUUCAUUCAACUGAUAUAAGUGAACAAUUAACAUUACUUGAUUCAGAAUUAUUUCUUAAAAUUCAAUUAUCAGAAAUUUUAUACAUGUCUAUUGAAAAAGGUGAAGAAUAUUCACCAAAUUUAGCUGCAUUUACAGAACAUUUCAAUAAUAUAUCUUAUUGGGUAAGAUCUCGAAUACUUGAACAAAAUUCUCAACGACAACGUGAAAUUUAUUUUGAAAAAUUUCUUAAAAUAUUAAAGCAUUUACGACGAUUAAAUAAUUUCAAUUCAUAUUUGGCUAUCCUAUCAGCUCUUGAUUGUGGUCCAUUAAAACGAUUAAACUGGUCGAAGAGUAUCAUCGAAUCUAUAUCUGAACACACUGGACUCAUUGAUAGUACUGGUUCGUUUAAAAAUUAUCGCGAAGCAUUAAAUGCAUCCGUUGGUCAACCAUGUAUUCCUUAUAUUGGAUUGAUUCUAUCUGAUUUAACAUUUGUUCAUAUUGGUAAUACAGAUUGUUUACAAGAUAGUCAAACAAUUAAUUUUUGGAAACGAUGGCAACAAUUUACUAUCUUACAUAAACUUCGUUAUUGUCGUAAAUGGGAAUAUAAAUUUACUCGUGAUGAUCGUAUAUUGUAUUUUUUUAACAAUUUUGAUGAUUAUAUGAAUGAAGAUGCUCAAUGGAUACAAUCAGAAAAAAUUAAACCACGACAAAAAACAAAUCCUUAUGCAUGA